AUGGAGUCCCCGGUGCAGAUCUUCCGUGGCGACCUGGGCCCCACUCACUUCCCAAGCGCUAACAGCAACAGCGGGUUCCCAGGCUGGGCUGAGCCAGACAGCAACAGCAGCGAGGGCCCCGAGGUCGCGCAGGAGCCCGCGCAUAUCUCCGCCAUCGUCCCCAUCAUCAUCACUGCUGUUUACUCCGUGGUGUUCGUAGUGGGCUUGGUGGGCAACUCUCUGGUCAUGUUCGUGAUCAUCCGAUAUACAAAGAUGAAGACAGCAACCAACAUUUACAUCUUUAACCUGGCUCUGGCAGAUGCUUUAGUGACAACAACUAUGCCCUUCCAGAGCACGGUGUACCUGAUGAACUCCUGGCCAUUUGGGGAUGUCCUGUGCAAGAUCGUCAUCUCCAUCGACUACUACAACAUGUUCACUAGCAUAUUCACCUUGACCAUGAUGAGUGUGGACCGCUAUAUCGCGGUGUGCCACCCUGUCAAGGCACUGGAUUUUCGUACACCUUUGAAGGCAAAGAUCAUCAACAUUUGUAUCUGGCUUUUGUCGUCAUCUGUGGGCAUAUCUGCCAUAGUCCUUGGAGGCACCAAAGUCAGAGAAGAUAUGGAUGUCAUUGAGUGCUCCCUGCAGUUUCCGGAUGAUGACUAUUCCUGGUGGGACCUCUUCAUGAAGCUCUGCGUUUUCAUCUUUGCCUUUGUGAUUCCUGUCCUCAUCAUCAUCAUCUGCUACACCUUGAUGAUCCUGCGUCUAAAGAGCGUGCGGCUGCUCUCAGGCUCCCGAGAGAAGGACCGCAACCUCCGCCGCAUCACCAGGCUGGUUCUGGUUGUUGUGGCUGUCUUCGUGAUUUGCUGGACCCCCAUUCACAUCUUUAUACUAGUGGAGGCUCUUGGGAGCACCUCCCACAGCACUGCAGCCCUCUCCAGCUACUACUUCUGCAUUGCUUUGGGGUACACCAACAGCAGCUUGAACCCCAUCCUCUAUGCCUUCCUUGAUGAGAACUUCAAACGGUGUUUCCGGGAUUUUUGUUUUCCCAUUAAGAUGAGAGUGGAGAGGCACAGCACUAGUAGAGUCAGAAAUACAAUUCAAGACCCUGCUUACAUGCAGGAUGUGGAUGGGAUAAAUAAAUCAGUAUGACUAGUCGUGGAGAUGACCUGCUAUAGUUCUGCAGACAGAGAAGAGUUUAAUGAUCUAGGCUCAACUCAGAUUACAACAGCAGUC